AUGGAUUGGUUGGAGCGGCACAGAGUUCAUCUGGAUUGUCACCGGGGGAGAGUAUACUUCGAGCGUCCCGGACCGAAGAUGUAUUUCCAGGGUGUGAGACCGAUUUCGGGGAGUUUAGUGAUUUCGGCGUUCAUGAGGCUGAUGAACAGCGUGUUCCAGGCGUUUCUGGAUGAGUUUGUUAUCAUCUUCAUUGAUGAUAUCCUGGUGUAUUCUAAGAGUCCUGAGGAGCACGAGGUACACUUGCGGGCAGUGUUGGAGAAGCUGCGGGAACAGAAGCUGUAUGCUAAGUUGAGCAAGUGUAGUUUCUGGCAGAGAAAGAUGGGUUUUCUGGGUCAUAUCGUGUCUGCAGAGAGAGUUUCUGUGGAUCCAGAGAAGAUUGAGGCUAUCAGAGAUUGGCCUAGACCGCAGAAUGCCACAGAGAUACGGAGUUUUCUGGGAUUGGCAGGUUACUACAGGCGGUUUGUGAAGGGCUUUGCCAGUACAACUCAGCCAAUGACCAAGCUGACGGGGAAGGAUGUUCCCAUUUACAUGUAA